UAUAGACCUGAUGCUGUUAAAAAACAAUGGAUUUUCUAAAGGCAACUGUCACGAUAUUGCCCAUGAUAUGUUUUGCAUUGUGUUUUGCGACGAUAUAUGCAGCAAGACAUGAUCCCGAUACUAAAGAAGCGUGCAGGACAUACGAGCAAUUUAAAACUGUGCAAGAACAGUUGAGCCAUGACGACAUCGAUGAUGUAACUAUUGCAAAUCUAAAAAAUGAUGUGGAUAUUAUACUACGAUUGAAAACAACCAAAAGAUUUCCGCAUCUUUUAUUGUAUGACUCUGGCUUGAUUGUAUUCGGAAUUGAUUUGAACAAGAAACUCAAAAAACUAAGCAAGACCUCGCAAAGAAUUUUAGCUAGUGUCAACACUCUGACCCAACUUCUUGAUAAUACCACAGUGAGUGAUACACUUAAAAAGAAUUUCGAAGAAUACAUUGUUGAGAUGAAAUCUGAUGUAUCUGAUGACGAUAUGAGUUAUAAAGAGUUUCUUCAGCGCGAAGAUAUUUUUGAACAUUACAACACAAUGAUUUCAAAGCAGGCCCUAACAGAUGGACACAAUGAAGCUUUGGUAAAAGCUCUAAUGAACACAAUGAAGUCUCAGAGUAAAUGGGUCAGCUCUGUGAAAAAUCUAUACAAGAAUUACAAAAAUGGUGCAUUUCGUUUAGCGACAGUUAGACCAUACUUCAAUCAGAUGUGUAAAGGACAAUAUGAGUGCAAGGGAAAGGAUGAUUGGACACUUGUUGGAACUACCUGCUUUUUAACAGUCUUUUCAACAAAAUCAUUUUCGAAAGCGCAAGCUGACUGUGUCACCCGUGGCGGUAAUUUGGCCUCAAUUCAUAGUACAAGAGAUAUGGACCACAUACGAGAUGUGCUUCAAAACCAAAGCCAAGCGUUCUACAUAGGAUUGAAUGAUAUAGCAAAUGAAGGUACUUUUGUUUGGCCCGACGGCUCACCAGUCAAUUUCCUUGCUUGGGCAACUGAAGAAGGGUUGAAGGAGGGUGUGUUUGGCCUGUACGAUGAUUGUACGCAGGUUAUGCCACCUGCAUGGGGAUUCGAUGGAGAUUGGAGGAACGUACCGUGUGCUGGGGUACACGGAGGCUACUUCUGCAGCAAGCAUGCAGUUUUAUCUCAAGGAUGAUUGUUGAUAGAAUGACUGUCAAAAUUGUAAGCAGGCGGGAAUAUCAGAAUAUAAUGUUGCAUGGAAAUAAAACACUCAUUUAUUACACAAAAUAGACUGGAACUUUGAUGUUCGUUCUCGAGUCA